UCCGGGUACUGUGUUGCGCGCGCAUCCAUCGCCAUCAUUGAACCUAAGGUGGCGUGCAGCAGCAGCAACAACACCGACUUGCACAAACUUCAGUUUAAUUCCCAGCGUUGCAGAAACUAUCCUGCUACAACAUGGCGAACAGAAACAUGCAGCAGACGAGCAUGCAGAGCUGUAGCUCCCCUCAACCAGCGAGACGCGGCACGGACUCCCCGGCCCUGGAGCAGACACCGGCGAACAAAGACAGCCCAGCGCCGCAGCAGCAGCAGCAGUCCCCCGCGGAGGAACAAGCCGGGGAAGGCAGCGAGGAAGGCCCGUCACAAAUGACUCUGAAUUUCACGAGUUUUCGCAAACCCGGGGAGAAGACCUUCACCCAGCGCUCACGGCUGUUUGUCGGGAACCUGCCGGUGGACAUACCGGAGGAGGAGUUCAAAAACAUGUUUGCGAAGUACGGGGACGUCAACGAGGUUUUCCUCAACAGAGAGCGGGGCUUCGGCUUCCUUCGCUUGGAAACCCGUACGCUGGCAGAGAUUGCCAAAGCCGAGCUGGAUGGGACUAUGUUAAACAAUCGGCCGAUCAGGAUCCGCUUAGCGACGCACGGUGCUGCGCUCACUGUUCGCAACCUGUUGCCAACAGUAACGAAUGAGCUGCUCGAACAGGCGUUUUCUCAGUUUGGGCCGGUGGAGCGGGCCAUUGUUGUGACAGAUGACCGCGGGCGUCCCAGUGGGAGAGGCAUUGUGGAGUUUGCAAUGAAGGGAGCUGCACGUAAAGCCCUGGAGCGCUGCACAGAGGGAGCACUGCUGCUAACCACCACACCGUGUCCAGCCAUUGUGGAGCCCACAGAGCACUUUGACGAUGAGGAUGGACUGCCUGAAAAAGUGCUGCAGAAGAUUCCAAAGUACCACAAGGAACGUGAGCAGCUUCCACAUUUUGCUCAGCCCGGCACGUUUGAGUUUGAAUACUCGUCUCGCUGGAAAGCUCUUCAUGAGAUGGAGAAACAACAAAGAGAGCAAGUGGACAAGAACAUUAAAGAGGCCAAAGAGAAGCUGGUGGCUGAACUGGAGGCAGCCAAACAUGAACAUCAGCUCAUGUUAAUGAGACAAGAUCUAAUGAGACGUCAGGAGGAGCUGAGGAGACUGGAGGAGCUCCGCAACCAGGAGCUGCAGAGACGAAAGCAGAUAGAGAUGAGGCAUGAAGAGGAGAGGAGAAGGAGGGAGGAGGAGAUGAUGAGGCACAGAGAACAGGAGGACCUGAGACGUCACCCAGAUGGCUUCAAGCCAAACUACCUGGACAGUAGAGAACAGGAAAUGAGAGUGGGUGAGCUGGGCCCUCGUGGAGCCAUUAAUAUGGGAGAUGGCUAUAACCGGGCCUCUCCGGGGCCCAGUGCUAACCAGGGUCAAAUGAUGAGCAUGAGUGGAAGGGGAGGAACCAUUGGCCCAGAGGGAACUACAAAUAUGGGGACACCAUUGAUGUCAGAGAAUGGAGCCAUGCGAAAUGAUAGAUACCCACAGGGUGGGUCAAUGGGAGGGCGACCAGAAGUUGAAUCCCCAAAGCAACAACAGCAACAGCAACAGCAACAACAACAACAACAACAACAGCAGCAACCGCAACAACAACAGCAGCAACCGCAACAACAACUGCAACAACAACUGCAACAGCAGCCAAUGGGCCCUCAAGUUGGACCAGCCCCAGGAUUUGGCAGGGGGAAUCCAGUAGGGGGAGUCUUUGAUGGGCCAAAUAACAAGCGCCGCAGAUUCUAACUUCUCCCUGAUCAUGGACUGUUCUCAUGGAUCUUUGUUACCGUCCCAUCCCGAGAAUUUACAAUUCUGUUUUCGCCAACCCGUUUCCUGAUUGCUGAAGAAAGUCAGACAGAUUUUUGUCAGCUUUGUGUGUAUAUAUAUAUAUAUAUUUCUUAGUUUAUUUGAGUUGUUUUUUUGUGAAAUGCAAGUCACUGAGCGGAAUUUGUCACUGAUGAAAUGACAGGAUAAUGCUUUGUAUCUAGAUUCACCUGCAUUGUUUACGCAUAAUAUUUUUCACAGCAUGUUUCUCCUCUGUUUGAAGUCUGAAUGAAACGGUCUGUGCUUUUUCUGUGUGCUGGUGUGCAAACAAGUUUCAUAGCAUGCCGAGGAAGGCCUUUGUGGUCAGACAACAUUGCAGUCGCUAUGGCUGUGAUGCUCUUGGAGACACCUGUUUUUAAAGCUGCUUUUAAGUGAGUAAUGAAUUUCUAAAAAGAUGAAUUAGAUUGGACAAUGAUGAGUGAAAACAAGAUUCCUGACCUUUUUUGAAAGGUGGUGUAACACAAGAAGAAAUUUCUGGGAGUAAAACAUCUUAUUAAUGUCUACAUUCAGUCAUACAUGCCCUACUUUGUAGAUGUUUUGUUCUCCCUUUCAAACCUUCUGUUACUCUUACUGUAGCUAAACGGAUACUAGAUCACAUAGUGAGUGAAUGUUUCAGCUGCUGUCGCAGCUUCAGUGCAUCCUGUGUUUGACAGAGAAAUAAACAUUUUGCAGGUA